CUUACCAAAAAGCCCCCGGGCGGCGAAAGAGGAGCACCCACCACAUCCAAUGUCACCGUUUGUGGGGCCACAUGAUUUUACGCCUCUUUUAGAUUCAAGCAUUGAGAUCAAGGGAAGAUACUUCAAUUCUUCAAUUCUUCAAUUCUACGUCAUGACCAAUUACAACCUCGGAAUUUGCAACAGCAACACCCCUCCCUCCUCAGCCGAGGAAGCUUGAAAAGUGACAGGAUGUGAAGCUAUAAAGAAGAAAAGAAGAAGAAAAGAAAGAGAAAAAACUAGAUCCGUCUAAUUGGUGCUCAAAAUCCCAAGAUAAUGCAUCGCAGCCUCCUCCCACGGCUAGCGGUACCACGGACCUCUAUAUCUAGAUCCAUUAUAUCCAAGUCCAAAUCAGCUACCCCCACGACGACAACGACAACGCGGCGCCCCUACGCUUUCCAAGCCGCCGCCCCACCAAUACACCAAGUCUUCAACCGGCGCACAAAAUGGAUGCAGAAGGAGCGGGCGGCCGCCGAUGUCGAGGGGAGCCGAGUGGCCGACUACCUGAAAGAUGAGGUAGCAAUGCGGCUGGUCGACCGGCUGCAUGACAUCAAGCGGACGUAUGCGCAGGUCUUGGAUCUCGGCGCCAACGCCUGCAACAUUGCGCACGCCCUCACCCGACCGAGCGCGGACGCCUACCCCUCACCCGACCCAGACUCCUCCUUACCACCCCCAGUCACAGAGCCCCUCGCCUCCCGCAUCGGUCACCUCCUCGCCGUCGACUCCUCCUCCACCCUCCUCCACCGCGACGCCGACCUCCCCUUCAACUCCCAAAUCAACCUGACGCGGCAGGUCCUCCCCGACGAGGAGACCCUCCCCUUCGAUGCCAACACCUUCGACCUCGUCCUUAGCUCCCUGAGCAUGCACUGGAUCAACGACCUGCCGGGGGCGCUCGCGCAGAUUAACAACAUCCUGAAACCCGACUGCGCCUUCAUAGGCGCCAUGUUCGGGGGUGACACGCUCUUCGAGCUGCGGACCUCGCUCCAGCUCGCGGAGCAAGAGCGGCGCGGCGGGAUCUCACCGCACGUCUCCCCCCUCGCCGACGUUCGGGACAUUGGGGGGCUGCUGCAGCGCGCGGGAUUCAAGAUGCUAACCGUGGACGUCGACGACAUCGUGGUGGACUACCCGAACACCCUCGCGCUGAUGCAGGACCUGCAGGCGAUGGGCGAGAGCAACGCCGUGCUGGGCCGUGAGAUGGGCCCCAUCCGGCGCGACGUGCUGCUCGCCAACGACGCCAUCUACCGCGCGCUGCACGGCAACGAGGAUGGCAGCAUACCGGCCACGUUCCGCAUGAUCUACAUGAUUGGCUGGAAGGAGUCCAAGGACCAGCCGCAGCCGCUGCCGAGGGGGAGCGGGGAGAUUAGUUUGAAGGAUGUGUUAGAGAAGAAGUAGAAGUAAAAAUGACAAUAGAAAUAAUAAGAAUAAGAAUAGGAACAAGAAUAAAUCAAAUAUAAUGAAAGCACAUGUCGCAAUUCAUAGC